GCGCUCGGUGGUGAGCUACUGGCGUAACCUGAUGCUAUUUUUACCGCAUCUCAACUCGGAAAAUAAAAUACUGAUACGAUGCCACAUUGUGCGGCUAUUGGUUGUAAUUUUCAGUCGAAGGGCAACAAGAGAAGCGAUGUAAGUCUUCACUCCUUUCCUAACGAUAAGAAGAGGAGAAAAGAAUGGGAAGAUGCCUGUGGACGAAUAAACCUUCCUAAAGACCCGCGUCUUUGUUCUCUCCACUUUAGCCCUGAUGCCUUUGAGGCUUUUAGUAGACCACAGCUACUGAAAGAGCUUACAGGUGGCGGUGGAUAUAAGCGUAGGCUUAAACCAAAUGCAAUACCAACGAUUUUUCCCCACAAGGAGUCUAAAUGCCCCCGGAUAUCGAGUGAAAUCCGCACUGAGAAACGGCAGAGACAAGAAACGCUGGCAGGAUGUAAACAACAUGCCAGCGCUUGUCAUGAAGCCACAGCCACUGAAGGACAAAGUUCAAGCUUAUUCGAGGAGGAGUCUGACGAUUCGUCAGUUUCACUGCAGUCAAGUGGAGUUGGUGCAGAUGAUGAUUUUUAUGAUGAAGACUUUGAGGAGGACGAAGAAGAUGAAGAUGAAGACCACAGUCAUGCACAUGAUGGUUCACAUGGCAUGAAUAGUCAAGCCCAAGGACAGUUUCUCACUGGAAGUUUAACUAGCAAUCCCAACAUUUACAACAUGAAUCAAGAAAAACGUGUAUCCAACGCACAAGUCCAGAAUCGCUCUGACGUCGCUCUUGGACAUCUGACCAAACGCUUCAUGCAGCUACUUCACGCAGCUCCGAAUGGAGUCCUUGAUCUCAAUGAGGUUACACGAAAACUGGGCACACGAAAGAGGCGGGUGUAUGACAUCACCAAUGUGCUAACUGGUAUCCAGUUAAUCAAAAAGACAUCCAAAAACAAGAUCCAGUGGAUGAAUCCAGCACCAGCCAGCAGCUUUGAGAAACAGUGGAGCCCCAAGACAAAAGCUGACCUACUUAAUCUGAAGUCAACUGAGGAGGCCCUUGACUGGCUCAUCAAAGACUGCGCCCAACAACUCUUUGCCCUGACCGACCUCAAAGACAAUGCUGACUCAGCUUAUGUGACAUACGAGGACAUCUGUAAGAUCGAUGUUUUCAAGGACCAGACUAUAAUAGCCAUCAGGGCCCCUGAAGAGACCAAGCUAGAGGUGCCCACUCCCACUGAAGAAUCUAUCCAGAUCCACUUGAAGGGCUGCCGGGGCCCCAUCCAUAUACUCACCUGUGAGACUGAGGGCCAGAGUGAUGCUGUGGAUCCAGCUAACACAGAAUCGCAGCUUGUCAAACCAGCCUACUUUCUAACGCUAGAGGAGAGCCGGAUACACACACAACCACUUAUAUCAGUAAAGGCCUCCAGAAAGUUUAAAUAUCAACGGCGGGAGGACAGUCGUGUGGCAGAACAUUGUUGUGUCCCAUUGUGUUCGGCUUCCUCAAAGUACAACUCUGUGCUGAGCUUUCACGUAUUCCCUGUGGAUGAAGAAAGACGGAAAAAGUGGAUACGCAACAUUCGGCGUGAGAGUCUUAGCUUCACUUCCCAUACAAGGGUCUGUAGUCGCCAUUUCAAGAGCGAUGAUGUGAAAGAGCCAUCGACUCCUAAAGGGCGCCGUUUGCUGAAGAAAGAUGCUGUACCCACCUUAUUCCAGUGGAACAACUACUCCUCUUCAGAACCACUGCAGAAGAGAGAGGUUUCCACUCCAGCGGAUGAAGAUCCUGCACCUGUCGACCUCUUGGAACAUGAUUAGCAGCAGUUGCUAUUGCAUUGAACCAGGCUGCAGAAUGAUUCACUGAAAACUUUUUCUUUUUCUUUUUUUCUUUUUUUUUUUACAGAUGUUUCAAGUACUGUAGCAGCUGUACAGAGUGCAUAAGGACAACAAAGAAGAGCCUUUGCUUCUAUCCCAUUAUAACAGACUGUGUUUGCCUUUUUGGAGAGAACACUGUGCAUAUAUUCACUCUCCUGGGGUUUAAGACAUCUAUUGUGAAGACUUUUGUUUUGUAAAUAUAUGGAUGAGUAUUUUGAACAUUUGAAAAUAUUUUUUUCUAUAAGUGUUAUGAGGAAACUUGAAGGUUGUCUUUCGAAAAUUGUAAAUUGUUUGUUGGACCAUCUGAUAAUGCUGUAAAUAAUAAAAUCUUUGAUGGACCUUG